AUGUUUCUGCGGAGGAAAGCCAAUAAUCAUGGGUCGAUCAACGAAGAGUUGGAGCAGACAUACAAUGAUUGCACCAAUCUCACGAUCAAGAACCUUACGUUAGAGGAGCAACACAAGGAGGAAGAAGCACUUAAAGGUUGGAAAAGUUUGCAUACAUCUUUACUAUUCAAACUAGACGUGUUUGAUAAGCAAUCCACCAAGCUCAGCGGGGAAGAACUACGAAUCAUGAAUGAGUUACGGGAGAUCCGUGAUCAAAAUGUCAAGCAUUUGGUAAGAGUUCAACUUAAAGUGGAAGAAAUCGAAAGAAGACGAGCGUUGAAUGCAAUUUCUUCUUCUUCAGCAGUUUAUGGUUCUUCAUCGCAUCUGAAAACAAACCUUUCCAUUCCUUCGUUACGGAAUGGAAGUUCAAUGAACUCCCUUAAUUCAAAUAGACAGAUGAGAAAGUCCUUAAGACCUCCCUCAACCCAGACCCAAGCUAAACCAAAUGAAACUGCUUCCCAAGCAGCAAAUAAAAUGUGGAAUAGACCAACAAGAAGCUCUCCAGCUCCAGCAACCGAUAGUUUGUUUCUUGACUUUGACCAGAACUCUUAUCAUCUCCAUGGUAAUGGGAAUCACAAUAAUGGAGCCUCAGAAGCAUCAUCACAACAACUUAAAAGUAAUAGUUUGGAUGGCAAUUGGGAGGCUAUUCAUGAUGAAUCCCAGCCUCCGAAUUUAAUCGAUUUAGAUACUGAUCCUUACACUUAUGAGUCUUAUAAUAAUAUGACCAAAUCUUUAGAUGAUUUGUCUUUGCAUGAAGAAAGAACAUCAACAAAUCAUCAACAUCCUCCUCCUCCGCCAUUACCUAGAAAGACCACGGCUCCAAAGAGCCCAGCUGUCGGCGCAAUUUCAUUGGUACCUUCCUUGCUGCCUCCAAGCCAAAAUCAGUAUCAAGUGCAACAACAACAACAACAACAAUUGGAAUCACAGCAACUAUAUACUCCUGAGAAAAGAGUUUACGUCUACAAUCAGCCGAAGCCUAUCAACAUCAAUAAACUUAUGAGACAGAAUCAGGGACCAAGACCUCACAGUUCUACAAACAGAAGCCCUACUCGCAAGCCAGUUACCUCUACAACGAAAGUAACACCAGCAAAGAAGGCUCCUAUUGGUGUCAACACCACCAUACCGCCAACAAGACUGGGACUCUCCGUUCAACAAAAGAAGUCCAAUAUCACUUAUAAUUAUGUUAAAGCACCUAAAAAGGCUAUACCACCGCUGGCAUCCACUAGAAGCCGCUCCUCACCUGCUAUUCAGACAAAGAAACCCGCACCUCCAACGUUGAGCGAGUCCAAAUCUACAAAUGAGCCAGGCACACCAACUAGUCCUACAAUGGACGAUAUUUUGGGCCACUAUGGCGCUGAUAAUAUCGGAGACGACGAAGUCAAUGAUGAAUUGGAUGAUGAUAAGGUGAUUGAAUCCAUUCGAGGCAUUGAUCAUCAAGCAGCUAAACAAAUACUUAACGAUAUAGUAGUCCAUGGAGAUGAAGUUUAUUGGGAUGAUAUUGUUGGAUUAGAACAAGCUAAAAACUCCUUGAAGGAAGCUGUUGUGUAUCCAUUUUUACGUCCUGAUUUAUUUAAAGGUUUACGUGAACCUACCCGUGGGAUGUUGUUGUUUGGACCUCCUGGUACUGGGAAAACCAUGUUGGCCAGAGCCGUAGCCACUGAAUCCAAGUCUACCUUUUUUUCCAUUACUGCAUCAUCAUUGACAUCAAAGUAUUUGGGUGAAAGUGAGAAGUUGGUCAAGGCAUUAUUUUUAUUGGCCAAGAAGCUUAGUCCAUCUAUUGUAUUUAUUGAUGAGAUUGAUUCGCUUUUGACAUCAAGAAGUGAAAACGAACAAGAAAGCACCCGAAGAAUAAAGAAUGAAUUUUUGGUUCAAUGGAGUGAGUUAUCUGCGGCCGCAGCUGGUCGUGAUAGUGAUCAACAAGAUGAUAGAGUAUUAGUACUUGGAGCCACCAAUUUACCUUGGCAAAUUGAUGAUGCAGCCAGAAGACGGUUUGUCAAGAGGCAAUAUAUUCCAUUACCUGAAGAUGAAGCCAGAAAGAGACAAAUUAAGAAGCUCUUAAAGUAUCAAAAGAAUAUAUUAUCUGAUGAUGAUUAUGAAAAGAUUAUUAAAUUGACUGAAGGAUUUAGUGGAUCUGAUAUCACUGCAUUAGCAAAGGACAGUGCUAUGGGACCUUUAAGGUCAUUGGGAGAUCAAUUAUUGAGUACACCCACUGAGCAAAUCCGUCCAAUUAAUUUAGACGAUUUCAAAACCAGUUUGAAUUAUAUUCGACCAAGUGUAUCAAAAGAAGGACUUGAAGAAUACGAGAAAUGGGCAAGCAAGUUUGGAUCAUCGGGAGUUUAG